AACAACGCACAAAGUAUAACGCACAUUUUGCACUUAUAACUGAUUUGCUGACUGGAGUUUGAUCGCUCUUCCAGAUGAGCUAUUUCGGUAAUUGGUGUAUCAAAACAGAUCCACCAAUAACACCUUGCGAUAGGCAGUGGUUAGGCAGAGGACCGAUGGAAGAUGUCACGACCCACAAACACGAUUAUUUGUGGAAAAGCGCAAAACGUUCUGAGAUGAUCAAGGCGCAAGAUAAUCUAUGUUCUCCCUGUACCGCUUUAUCUGAUGAUACGACAUAUCGUUUGAGCUACUAUAACUCUCCCUGCUUGCUUCCGAUACAGUCUUAUGCGCCUAUUAGACAAUACUUGAAAUCGGAUGUACCAAUGGAAAAUUGUACAACGUAUAAGCUUAGCUACUGGCCAAACAAACCUCUUGUAAAAGAGGAAAUACCAUGGAGUCGAAAAGAAGAAUAUCAUCGUCCAAUGACACCGAUGAACGGAUGCACGACUUAUAACCUGAGUUACUGGCCUCAUUGUGGCGAAAAGCCUCGAGAAUCUUUCAGUUUUCAGAAGACCGAAAACUUAUUGAACGCCGGCUGCUGCUUCGACGAUAACACGACGUAUCGCCUCAGCUAUUUUGGAUUUGACGGUGACAAGCCGCCGGAUCCCAUUCGCCAUUCUGACAAUAUGAGUUUCUCGCCAUGUCCGCUCUCCCACGACACUGUCAAUCGAUUGAGUUUCCUGGGUAAUUGGUGCGUCAAACCGGAAUCACCUAUCGUACCCUGUGAAAGACAAUUGUUAGGUAGAGGCCCGAUGCAAGACGAAACUACACAGAAGCACGAUUAUAGUUGGAAACAAGCGAUACGACCGGCGGAGAUUCGACCUGAAAACAAUCUUACUUUUUCAUCUUUACCGUUGGAAUCCUGUACGACUCAUAAAUUAUCGUAUAUACCGAACGAUCGCGAAUGCCUACUGCCCAUUAAAUCGUACGCGCCCAUAUCCAAGUAUCAAUCGUCUGAUGUUCCAAUGGAAUCUGAGACGACGAUGCGACUGAGUUAUCAACCUGUGGAGCCAGCGGAUCAAAUUGAGAAACCAUGGGCUAUGACUACGCCCUAUUAUUCACCUGUCAAUCCCAUGGAUGACGAUACCACAUACAAUCUAAGCUACAUUCUACCGGGAACGCUCAUCCCCCUGUCACCUUGUUCUACUUCUUGUUCUCCUGCUAACACCUACGAAAGUAAUUCUUCCGAGAGAUUCUUCAUCCCUUUGAUAUUACCUUUCUACAUCGAAUGAUACAAUACAAAUGUG